AUGAAGAUCCGUGAAAGGUCAGAAAACAUGUUCCAAAAAGCCAUGCAGAUUUGCGAGGUGGCACUAGAAACCGCGGGAGUGGAGGAAAUAACAGGGGUCGGAGAUAUGAUGGAACAGCUAUUUUUCAAAAACAAUGGUGGAUGGGUGCCGCUCCGCCUGGCAGCAGACAGAGGGCACCAUGGAAUCCUUGACUUACUGCUCGCCUCCAGCAACGUUGACGGAGGGACAAUGCUACGACAGGCAGCAGAGAAGGGACAGGAUAUGGUUGUUAAGCUUUUGCUGAGAACUGGUAAGAUCGACCCGGACUCUAAGAAUGAGUAUGACCAGACGUCCUUAUGUAUUGCCGCAUAUAAUGGGCACGAGGCGGUUGUCCGGGCGCUUCUAGCAACCGACAAGGUCGACCCGGAUUGUCUGGACAAGAAUAACGCAACACCGUUAUUCUAUGCAGUACAUAAAAGGUAUCCGGGAAUUAUUUCACUCCUGCUUGCUACUGGAAAAGUCGACCGAAAAUUCCAAAAUAAAGAAAAAGAGAUGCCGCUAUGGUGGGCAGUGUGGAACGGAUAUGAUACGGUCGUGAAGUCGCUACUAGCUACUGGCAAGGGCAGUGCGGUUUCUAAGAAUAAAGAUAUUCUGAUGCUACUAGUUGCGGCAAGGAACGGGCGUGAUACUCUUGUCGAGACGCUACUAGCUACUGACAAAGUCAAUCCGGACGCUAAGGAUCGGAAUGAUCAGACACCACGAUCAGUCGCUGCAAGGUUUGGACAUGAUGCGGUUGUGAAGAUACUACUGGCUACUGGUAAAGUCAAUCCGGACUCUAAGGAUAAGUCCAAUCGUACACCACUAGCGUGGGCGGCACGGAGCGGGCAUGAUGCAGUCGUCCAGGCGCUACUGGCUACUGGCAAGGUUGACCUGGACUCUAAGGAUGGAAAUGGUCAGACACCACUAUCAAUCGCGGCAGAGUUGGGACAUGAGGUGGUUGUGAAGUUACUACUGGAUACUGGAAAAGUCAAUUCGGACUCUAAGAAUUGGUACAACCACACACCACUAUCAAUUGCGGCAAGGAACGGGCAUGAUGCAGUCGUCCAGGCGCUACUGGCUACUGGCAAAGUCAACCCGGACUCUAAGGAUAAGUCCAAUCUUACACCACUAUGCUGGGCGGUAAAAAACCGGCAUAUUGCAGUCGUGAGGACACUAAGAGCUACUGGCAAAGCUAACCUUGAUCCCAUCCUGUCACCUUAUGAGGUUCAUGCUAACUGA